UUGUUUGUUUUAUCCGGGUCUUCGGCUUUCCCCUUCAAACACCAACAAAUGUCUUAAAUACAAACACACCAAACACCUACUGCAUUUUCUCAAAGGAAAAAGCUCGCAGAGAGUGAAACAAUGGGACCUUUACCAAAGCACAGUUGUCCUUUUCUUUUCGCCAUUUUCGGCGUUGCUUUCUUAACUCUCUUCCCACAUAGCACUGCUUCUUCCUCUGUAGAUUCCCUAUCUUCAAUUCAUUCUCUCUCAAAUGACCAAACCCUUGUCUCGGCCGGCCAGGACUUUGAACUUGGUUUCUUCAAACCCGGUGCCUCAGGAUGGUACUUGGGCAUUUGGUACAAGAAACUUCCAGUCAAAACCUACGUUUGGGUCGCAAACAGAGACGCCCCACUUGCCAAUUCUUCCGCAACUCUCAAGUUCGGUGAUCACGGAAUUCUUGUUCUCCUUGACUCGACCGGAAACCUUGCUUGGUCGUCAUCGAAUAAAACCAGAGCCGUCAGUCCAGUUCUGCAGCUUUUAGAUUCAGGUAAUCUUGUCGUUCGAGAAGAAAACGACAACGAUCCAGAAAAGUUCUUAUGGCAAAGCUUCGAUUUUCCCACGGAUACUUUGUUGCCCGGCAUGAAGCUAGGAUGGGACUUGAGAACCGGUGUGAAUAGAAACAUAACCUCGUGGAGGAGCUCGACAGACCCUUCGACUGGAGAUUACUCUUUCAGUUUAGAUUACCGUGGAUUCCCAGAAAUUUUCUUGAGAAGCAAACAAGAGAUAGCCUAUCGCAGCGGGCCUUGGAAUGGAGAAAGAUUCAGUGGGGUGCCGGAAAUGAAUCCCGUAAGCGGUCUGAAAUUCGAAUUUGUCACGACUCAACAAGAGGUGUACUACUCGUUUUUAACGAAUGGAAGUUCAAUCAUCUCUCGUUUGUUUGUGAACCCAUCUGGGUUUCUCGAGCGUUACACCUGGAUCGAAAGUAGUCAAAGCUGGAGUCGGUUCUGGUACGCCCCAAAAGAUCAAUGCGACAAUUACAGAGAGUGUGGUGUUUACGGAAUCUGUGACUCGAACGCCUCCCCUGUUUGUCAGUGCCCGAAGGGUUUUGCGCCCAAGAAUCCACAGGCCUGGAAUCUGAGAGAUGGGUCCGACGGGUGCCUUAGGAAGACGAAAUCGGAAUGUGACAAAGACAAGUUUUUGACGAUGAAGAAGAUGAAGUUGCCGGAGAGUUCGACGGCGUUUGUUGACCGGAAUAUGAACAUUGAGGAGUGUAGAAAAAAAUGUUUGGCUAACUGUUCUUGCACGGCAUUUGCAAACGCCGUCGUUUCGAAUGGUGGGUCGGGCUGUGUCAUGUGGAGUAGCGAUCUAAUUGAUUUAAGAGACUACGCCGAAGGUGGACAAGUGCUCUUUCUUAGGUUGGCUGCUUCCGAUCUAGACAGUGAUUGGACAACAAAACGAAUAAUUAUAAUAGUGGCAGUUGCUGUCGGUGGCUGCAUUCUGUUAUUAGGACUCUUUUUGGUAUGGAAGAGAAAGGGUUUACGAAAUUUGUGCAAAGGAAAAUCAGAGAAUAGAGUUAUGCGUGAAAGAAGCCAGGAUUUUUUGUUGAAUGAUGUGGUUAUCUCAAAGAAGGAGUUCUACUCAGGUGAAAGAGACAAAGAUGAGCUAGAGUUGCCAUUGCUUGAUUAUACUACGAUUGCAGUGGCUACAAACAACUUUUCUGAUGACAAUAAACUGGGGCAAGGUGGUUUCGGUUGUGUUUACAAAGGUAUUUUAGAAGAAGAACAAAUAGUUGCCGUGAAGAGGCUCUCAAAGAACUCAGGGCAAGGCGUCGAAGAAUUCAAAAAUGAAGUUCGCUUGAUCGCGAGGCUGCAACACAUAAAUCUUGUUCGUUUGCUUGGUUGCUGCGUUGAGAUGGAUGAAAAGAUGCUGAUAUAUGAAUACAUGGAAAACAGAAGCCUGGACUCUGUUUUGUUCAGUAAAGUGAAAAGGUCUUUACUGGAUUGGCCUAAGCGUUUCAACAUUAUUUGUGGAAUUGCAAGAGGGCUUCUUUACCUUCACCAGGAUUCCAGGUUUAGAAUUAUUCAUAGGGAUCUCAAAGCAAGCAACAUCCUGCUCGAUGCAGAAUUAGCACCAAAGAUAUCAGAUUUUGGAAUGGCGAGAAUAUUUGGUAGAGAUCAGACUGAAGCAAACACAUUAAGAGUGGUGGGAACAUAUGGAUAUAUGGCACCUGAGUAUGCAAUGGAUGGACUCUUCUCAGUGAAAUCUGAUGCAUUUAGUUUUGGCGUUCUGGUGUUGGAGAUCAUUAGUGGCAAAAAGAACAGAGGAUUUUAUUAUGCAAACAACGAAUUAAACCUGCUGGGAUAUGCUUGGAACCUGUGGAAGGAAGGAAAGGCAUUGGAAAUAGUAGAUUCAUCGGUAGGCGAUUCAUAUUCAGCGUCGGAAGUAAUGAGGUGCAUACAAGUCGGCCUCUUAUGCGUCCAAGAGCGCGCAGAAGACAGGCCUACAAUGAGCACAGUGGUUUUGAUGCUUAGUAGUGAAACUGCAACUAUGCCUCAGCCUAAAAAUCCUGGAUUUUGCCUUGACAGGAGUCCCAUGGAGACUGAUUCAUCAACCAGUAAACAAGAAGAUCAAUCUUUCACAGUGAACCGCUUGACAGUCACAGUGCUAGAUGGUAGGUAGAAGGCACUUAUCUCAUCAAGCAUCCUGGAAACAAUCUCAUUUUUUGUGCAUAUAUAUAUAUAUAUAUAUAUAGAGAGAGAGAGAGAGAGGGAGAGAGAGAGAUCAGAUUUUGAGUAUAAUUUGAUUAUAUCUUCAUUCGCAUUGUUAAAGCUAUUAUUGAAUACAAGCUAAAUGAUUGAUAUUGCCAAGAGAAUUGCAUAUUUGGCUGUUUCAUAACACUCCCAUGGGGAUUGAAUUGUACCAAUCAAAGUUAAAGGCACCUAAUUUUUCA